AUGAAUGCAACCAACUUACCCGCACAAAAUAUCUCCUCCUCUUACUCGAAUCCCGCUGACAUUCUGAAAUACGGUUUUUCCGUAGAAAUAAAACGAAAGUUCCCAGCAUGGGGAAUUGCAUUUCUCUGUGGCUUUCCGGCAGCCUCCUUUUUGAUUGGUAUCCUGUGCCUUGGUUGGCAAGCCUAUCGUUCAAGACCUGGUUCUUAUGAAAUAAACCAGGGAGAUGAGAAAAAUGGGGGAAGGGAAGGGAGAAUCGAAGGAGGAGGAGAAGGAGUAGGGAGGGGAAGCACUCGAGGACUUGGUGAGAAGGAAGAAGUGAUAGGGACGUUUGAUGCACAUGUGAGAGAUGGUGGUCAUAGAAAGGAGAUGGUGACGAUAAAUGCAAUUCUGGUUGAUAAGGGACCCUCUAAGAUGGAGAUGAGUGAGCUCAGGCCUUUUGAGGGGUGA